CACGGGUCCCCGUAUAUUUCGUCCAUUUUCAUUAUCGCGCUGUGAGGAACGGCUAACGGGACGACAUGGCUACGCAAGCGGCGCGGUACUACAGCGAGGGCGGCAGGGCGACCAAGCGCCAGAAAACUGACAACGACGGUGGAGUGGAGGGCUACGAUGACCCCCACAAACCUCUACCAUCCCUUGUGGUCCACGUACGAGGGCUCGUGGAUGGCGUUUUGGAAGCAGACCUCGUCGAAGCCCUUCAGGAGUUUGGAACCAUUAGUUAUGUAGUGCUGAUGCCCCAGAAGCGCCAGGCCCUGGUGGAAUAUGAGGACAUGAGCGGCUCUUGCAAUGCCGUGACCUACGCCAAUGACAACCAGAUCUACAUCGCUGGAAACCCUGCCUUUGUGAAUUACUCGACCAGUCAGAAGAUUUCCCGGCCUGGGAAUCCCGACGACUCCCGCAGUGUUAAUAACGUUUUGCUAUUCACAAUCAUGAAUCCUAUUUAUCCCAUCACCACGGAUGUGCUAUAUACCAUUUGCAACAACUGCGGUCCAGUUCAAAGAAUCGUCAUCUUCAGGAAAAACGGAGUCCAGGCCAUGGUAGAAUUUGAUUCAGUCCAGAGUGCUCAGAGGGCCAAAGCCUCUCUGAAUGGAGCAGAUAUAUACUCGGGCUGCUGUACGCUCAAGAUUGAGUACGCCAAGCCAGCACGACUCAAUGUAUUCAAGAACGAUCAGGACACGUGGGACUACACUAAUCCAAACUUGAGCAGCCAAGGUGCAGAUGCUGAUGGCAAUGGCGAUCAAGAUAUGAAUGCCAACCCCAACAAGCGUCAGAGGCAGCCGGCUCUGCUGGGAGACCACCCUCCAGAGUAUGGUGGUUACCAUGGAUACCAAGACGACAGCUACAGUGGCUACGAAGGGCGGCGCAUGGCUCCAUCGAUGGGCGGCCCGAGACGGGGUGGCGGAAGCCAGCGCUACGCCAGCCAGUAUGGUGCGCCCCCUCCUCCCCCAGGCGAAUACAGCCCACACGCCGAAUCCCCUGUCAUGAUGGUCUACGGACUGGAGCCGUCCAAAAUUAAUGCGGACAGGAUCUUCAACAUCUUCUGCCUGUAUGGAAACGUGGAACGGGUGAAGUUCAUGAAGAGCAAGCCAGGGGCUGCCAUGGUGGAAAUGGGAGACUGCUAUGCUGUAGACAGAGCCAUUUGCCAUCUAAAUAACCAUUUCCUGUUCAACCAGAAACUCAACGUCAGUGUGUCCAAGCAGCAGGCCAUCAUGCCAGGCCAGUCUUACGAGCUGGAGGAUGGCACCAGCAGUUUCAAGGACUUCCACGGCAGCCGAAACAACCGCUUCACUUCCCCGGAGCAGGCUGCCAAGAACCGCAUCCAGCAUCCCAGCAACGUGCUGCACUUCUUCAACGCUCCUCCAGAGGCCUCAUCGGAGAUCUUCUCUGAGAUUUGCAAGGAGCUUGAUGUGAAGAGCCCAUCUAACGUUAAACUCUUUGCAGCAAAAGGUGGUGCCUCCUCAGAGAGGAGCUCGUCAGGACUGUUGGAGUGGGAGUCUGUUAACGAUGCCAUGGAGGCUCUCGCUAUGAUGAACCAUUAUCAGAUGAAGAACCCUAAUGGUCCGUACCCGUACACACUGAAGCUGUGCUUCUCCACUGCGCAGCACGCAAACUGAGCCUCGUCACCGCGGAGUUUCGAGCAUUCCCUCCUUACCGCCACAACUUCACUGUCCCCGCUACGUUUUGUCCUUCAUAGGUCCUUCAUGUGUGCAGUCACCUCAAACAUGUCUUUUACCGAAUGAGCUGCAGCACACGCUGAGAGAGUGAAACUGGCAGAACUGUCGCGUUUAUUGUUUUUAUAGAAGUGGAGAAAGAUGAAAUGCUUUUGUACCAGUUUUUUUUUUCUCUGUUUUAACGUUUUUUUUUUGUUUUUGUUUUUUUUUUUUUUUAUUGCUUUCCAUUAUUGACUGUUAGCUGUGUGCUCAGCACCUCACUUUUAAAAUGUCUACCUGUAAAGGUGACUGCGUUUUUCUCUAAUUGUACAAUAAAAUUAAAUAGUGAUAAUGGA